AUGAGAGAAGUCCUCGUCAUCGGCGGCACUGGCGCUCAAGGCUUACCAGUCGUCAAAGCCCUGUCCUCGAGCAACCAGUUCUCCGUAAGAGUCCUCACUCGAGAUGCAAAGUCCGCUCGCGCGCAGGACAUUGCAAAACUUCCUCAUGUAUCACUGGUUGAGGGCAGGCAGGAUAAUCAGGAAGAUUUGCAUAGAGCCUUCCAAGGUGUUUAUGGGGCGUGGGUCAAUACGGAUGGGUUUACCCUAGGUGAAAAGAAUGAGCUGUUCUACGGUUGUCGAGCUUAUGAAAUUGCGAGAUAUCAAGGGGUGCAACAUUACGUGUACGCCUGCACAGACUUCGCCCUUAAGCAUGCUAACUGGGAUGAGAAUUUCCACUGGGGACAUAAUGACGCCAAGGGCAGAGUGGCAGAAUAUAUCCUAGCUCAAGGACAGGAUGGAAUGAAAAGCUCAGUGCUUACUACCGGCCCUUAUAUGAACAUGCUUUGGGACGGCAUGUUUGUUCCUACCCAGCAACCUGAUGGGACAUUUGUCUGGGCCAACCCUGCAAAAACUGGCAAAAUACCUCUCAUAGCUCUGGAGGAUAUUGGACAUUACUCUCUUUGGCUCUUCAACAAUCUGCCAGAGUCUGCAGGGAUGAAUCUCAAAGUCGCGACAGAUGAAGUUAGCUUUGCGGAUAUAGCGGCGGUCUUCACCGAGGUGACAGGGAAAAAAGGUGUACACCAGUAUAUGCCUUUGGAAGAAUAUCUACCAUUGGCCGAGCCUUUCCCUGGUGCUUUAGCGAACUUCGCCGCGGGGCCAGAUGCUGUCAGGGAUGAUUCAACCAUGACAUGGCGCCAAAACUUCUCCGUUUGGUGGAGAUACUGGGGAGAGGGUCGGGCUGAGCCACGGGAUUUCACUCUCCUGAAUAGAAUCCAUCCUGGCCGCAUUAAGUCACUUGGUGAAUGGAUGAAGAUGGCUCACUAUGACGGAUUGCGGAAGAAUGUGCUGAAGGGGCCUGAGGACUUGAGGAGAGCGGCAGUAUCGAUGCAAAAUCGGCAAACCUCUGCUUCAGCCUAGUUUUGGCACUAGCAGAGUUGAGC